AUGGCCGACCUCGCCCCCACCUACGCUGCUCUCAUCCUCGCCGAUGAUGGUAUUGAAAUCACCGCCGACAAACUCAUUGCUCUGACCAACGCUGCCGGUGUCGAAGUCGAGCCUAUCUGGGCUACUCUCCUCGAAAAAGCCCUUGCGGGCAAGAACAUCAAGGAUCUCCUGUCAAACGUUGGUGGUGGUGGAGCUCCCGCUGCCGGUGCUGCCCCUGCCGCUGCCGCCGCAGGUGGAGCCGCUGCUGAGGAGGCACCCAAAGCUGAGGAGAAGGCUGAGGAGAAGGAGGAGUCAGACGAUGAUAUGGGCUUCGGAUUGUUCGAUUAA